GGAAAAAUGUCAACACUCCAACGACUGAAAUCCCAUUAAAGUUGAAAAUGUCCUCAUCUGAAGGUGUCAUCCCUGAGAUUCCGGGUCAUGAAAACCUCCCCCCUCUUCAUUUAGCCUCCUAUUCGGCACUAUCUUCAGACGCCACACCCACACUUUCUUUUAAAGAAAUUUAUCGGCACAUGGUCCUGAGGCUUACAAAAGAAGGGGAGCGGAUUAAUAACUACAAAGGGCUAGACAAGGCAGUAAAGCACUUUGAAGCUGGUGAUUUGUCACAAAUUAUGACUGCCCAGAUUGACAACUCCCUGGAAUACAUUAGAGCUUUUUGUUUGGCAUCCAUGAAAAAAGUUCGAUAUAAAGUCUACAUUUGUUUGCUGGACAGGGGGAAAGCUAGCACAAUCAUGCAGUCACAUUGGAGGACUACUAAUGUAUCUCCAUCACCUCUACCUCAGUCAGGUCCUGAGUGCCGACAGCUCUACAUCCAAAUCCUGUCAGUGGAGCGUACCCAGACCAAUCAAGAUGCAACCAAAGCCUCUCAAAGAGUGGAAUUUUGGUAG